GGAGGAGAGAAGACGAAACGCGUUGGAGGCGACAGGAGAGAGAGGAAGCAGAGAAAGUUGGUAGAGGAGAGGAGAGGAGAGGGGUCGAGCAGAUGGGAGGAAGGAAGAAAAGGAUCUCUCCGCAGGCUCAAGUGCGCGAUUAAAGGAUCCUGCACAAAUAAACAAAUAUAUGAAUCAAAAGGCAGGAAUUGAAAGGGGACUUGAAGGCGCGUCACCGCGUUGUUGCGUGGACGCGGACAAGACAGCGGCGUUGCGCGCUGAAACACCAAACUUCAGCCUUUCUGGAUUUUACUCCUCAUGUUCUUCAAACUUUCGCUGAGGUUCACUAACUUCUAAGGACGCUGUCUUUAGAAACCUCCCCUCCCCUCGUCCUCUCAAUUAACCCUCUCCCCGGAAAAGCAAGAGAAGCUCCGGGGUGGAAGUGGAGGAAGGACGGAAGAGCGUCGUUGUUCCUUCCGAGGAGUCCAGCUCGCUUUAGCCGGGGUUUAGGCGUUGGCACCCGGGCAGGGAGUCCCUCGCCAUGGCCGGGGCCAAGCCGGGAGUCCACGCGCUGCAGCUCAAACCCGUGUCCGUCCACGAAGCUUUGAAGAAAGGGGGCAAAUUCAUCAAAUGGGACGAGGAGCCAAACAGCGGACACCCCACUCUGGUAACCCUGAAAGUUGACCCAGAUGGAUUCUUCCUCUACUGGACUGGAGGCUCCAACCUGGAGGUGGAGAUUCUGGACAUUGCCACUAUCAGAGACACCAGAACAGGAAAAUACGCCAAACAGCCAAAGGACCCAAAGCUGCGGGAGUUGCUUGGCUUUGGAAAAGGUGACAACGUGGAAGGGAAGCUGGUAACUGUGGUCCAUGGCAAUGACUUGGUCAACACGUCCUUCCUUAACUUCCAGGCUAUGCAGGAAGACACAGCCAAGAUUUGGACGGAUGAGCUGUUCACUUUGGCCACAAACAUACUCUCCCAGAAUGCAUCACGAAACACCUUCCUCCUCAAAGCAUACACCAAGUUAAAACUGCAGGUGAAUCAGGACGGGAAGAUUCCUGUGAAGAAUAUUCUCAAGAUGUUUUCAGAUAAAAAGAGAGUGGAGACGGCUCUGGAGCAGUGUGGUCUCGUCAAUAACAGGUCAGAGGGACUCAAGCCUGAUGACUUCACAUGGGAGGCCUUCCAGAAGUUUCUUGCUAGCCUUUGUCUACGGCCUGAGAUACAAAGCAUCUUUGAAGAAAGUGGCUCCAAGGGGAAGCCUUUUAUCUCUCUGGACCAGCUGAUGGACUUCAUCAACCGCAGGCAGCGAGACUCCCGUUUGAACGAGGUGCUGUACCCCCCGCUGAAGAGGGAGCAGGUCAGACAGAUCAUGGAGAAAUACGAGACCAACACUAGCCAGUUGGAGAGAGACCAGAUCAGUUUGCAGGCUUUCACUCGCUACCUUGGAGGAGAAGAAAGCAGCAUUGUACCUCCAGAGAGGCUGGAUGUCAUCGACGACAUGAACCAGCCGCUGGCUCAUUACUUCAUCAACUCCUCACACAACACAUACCUCACAGUGGGCCAGCUUACUGGUCUGUCGUCGGUGGAGAUGUACAGGCAGGUGCUGCUGACUGGCUGCCGCUGUGUAGAGCUGGACUGCUGGAAGGGCCGGCCGCCAGACGAGGAGCCCUACAUCACUCACGGGUUCACCAUGACCACUGAGAUCCCUUUUAAGGAGGUGAUCGAGGCGAUAGCAGAGAGUGCUUUCAAGACCUCCCCGUACCCUGUCAUCCUGUCUUUCGAAAAUCACGUAGACUCAGCAAAGCAGCAGGCCAAAAUGGCUGAGUACUGCAGGACCAUCUUCGGAGACGCCUUGCUCAUUGAUCCACUGGAGAAAUAUCCGCUGGAACCCGGCCAGGCUCUCCCCUCGCCACAGGAGUUGCUGGGGAAGAUUCUCAUUAAAAACAAGAAGAAACAUUAUCACCACCGACCAUCAAGUGGUGGCAGCAUACGCCGCAGAGAGCAGGAGGAGCCAUCGCCCAACAAUGAUUGUCCUUUGAACGACAAUGAGGGAGGUCAGCUUCUGUCCAAUGGGGAGGAGAAGCUGGCUGAAAGGAUGGUCAAAGAUGCUGAGCCUCGCAAGUCUAUAGGAGGAGAAGGGGAGAGCGAGGAGGAUGAGGAGGACGAACCAGCGACGGAGCUGAAAAAGCCGAACUCUGACGAGGGUACAGCCAGCAGUGAGGUCAACGCCACAGAGGAGAUGUCCACUCUCGUCAACUACAUUGAACCUGUCAAAUUCAAGAGCUUUGAGGUGGCAAACAAGAGGAAAAAGUUCUUUGAAAUGUCGUCAUUCGUGGAAACUAAAGGCAUGGACACCCUGAAGAGCGACCCCAUGGAGUUUGUUGAGUACAACAAGAAUCAGCUGAGCAGAAUCUACCCCAAAGGAACGAGGGUGGACAGCUCCAACUACAUGCCUCAGCUUUUCUGGAACGUGGGCUGCCAGAUGGUGGCGCUGAACUUCCAAACCCUCGACCUCCCCAUGCAGCUGAACAUGGGCGUGUUUGAGUACAACGGCCGCAGCGGCUACCUGCUGAAACCAGAAUUUAUGCGCAGGACGGACAAACACUUUGACCCGUUUACAGAAAACAUAGUGGACGGUAUAGUCGCCAAUACCGUCAAAAUUAAGGUGAUCUCAGGCCAGUUUCUGACUGAUAAAAAAGUGGGUGUCUACGUGGAAGUGGACACUUUCGGACUUCCUGCAGACACAAAGAGGAAGUACAGAACCAAAACAUCCAAUGGGAACUCGCUGGACCCGGUGUGGGAUGAUGAAAUGUUUGUCUUUAACAAGGUGGUCCUCCCGACACUGGCCUCUCUGAGGAUAGCAGUGUUUGAAGAAAAUGGCAAGUUUAUUGGACACCGUAUUCUCCCUGUGUCGGCCAUUAGACCUGGCUUCCAUUACAUCAACCUGAAGAAUGAGCUGAACCAGCCCCUCCUCCUGUCCUCUCUGCUGGUUUACACGGAGGCUCAGGACUACAUCCCCAAUGAACACCAGGAAUAUGCAGAGGCUCUGACCAACCCCAUAAAGCACACGUUGCACAAGAGGGAGACACAGCUGGCCGUGCUCAUAGAGGGAGACAGUGAGCAUGUUUCCAACCAGCCCAAAGAGGGAGACACCAGGAGAGAGAGUGAAGUCAUUCCAGGAUGUCAGCUCCCCUCCCCCUUCCACACACAGCAUGGUAUCUCAUUGGAUGACACCCCUGACAUCAUCAAAUUACCUGCACCAGUACACAGUCCAAAGGAAGACCUAAUAGCCAAUGUUCUGGCAGACAUCCAGGCCCAGGCAAUAGAUGAAUUGAAGCAGCAGAAGAACUAUACGAAGCUGUUAAAGAAACAGAGCAAAGAAAUCAGAGAGCUGCGCAAGAAACAUCUCAAGAAGGUGUGGAAUCUGAGUAAGGAGCAGAAGAGUCGGAGUAGCCAGAUUCAGUCUGACACCCAGAGGAAACGAAGUCAGAUGGAGAAACACCUCAAACGUAGCAUCAAGAAAAAUGAGCCUCCGGAGCCAGUGCAGCGAGAGCUGACAGCGUUGGAUCAGGAGAUUGAAAAGCAGACAGUCCAGCUGAGGGAAUGGCAAAUGCAAGAGCUGCUGAAGCUCCGGCAGCAGCUUCACACACUGGAGCGAGAGAAGCAACAAACACACCUGCAGGAGGCCUUCCAGAAGUUAAAGGAGACCGCCCAUGAAUGCCAAGCAGCUCAGCUGAAAAAGCUCAGGGAGAUAUGUGAGAAGGAGAAGAAAGAGCUCCAGAAAAUCCUGGACAGGAAGCGGCAAAACAGCAUCAGUGAAGCCAAGAGCCGCGACAAAGACAAGGCCGAGACGGAGCUGAAUGAGAUCAACAGGAAACACAUUCAAGAUUCUGUUGCCCUAAUCCGCGGGCUGGAGGAGGCUCAGACAAGGAGGCAGGACAAGCUGAUGCUGAGGCAGCGGGAGGUGCUGCAGCACAUAGAUGACGAACUUCCUCUGCUGAAGUCUCAGUUGGAGCGAGAUCUGGAGGAGGAGUAUCAACGACUACCAGAGGAAAUCUGUCAGCACCUUCAUUUGGAGCUCCAGAACAAAGGUCUCAGAACGGACGCCCUGUGCUCAGCGCUGUCCAAUCACAGCAGCCCGAGUCCCAGCUCCGGCUCCGGCCCACCCUCCAACUGCUCCACGCCCUCUUACCCAUCGACACCCAAUCGCAGCAGCUGGAACAGGAGCAUGGACAAUAGCACGGCCUCGCUGGCGGAUUCCUCUUCCUCGUCUACCACUCCGGUCCUGUCGGAGGCAGAGAUGUCGUUCAGUUAGAAUAAUUGCUUGUAAAAAUCAAUCUACAUACAAAAGGGGUCUAUAAUGAUUAUAAAGUGGGAUAGUAAUGAUAUUAAUUAUUAACUAAUUUUAUUCCUUUUUUUAUUACAGACUGUUUUGUUCGUGUCUACAGAGCUUUAUUGUUUUUUUAAUUUUGCUUUUUUUUUUGUUGGACACAUCAUGACUUUGAUUGGAAGAAAUCAUAACCAAACUUUUUAUUUUUUUAAUUUCUUUUUUUUUUUUUUUUUUUUUUACAUUUUCUUGUGUCUUUGUUUGCUUUUAAUUGUCCGUAUCUUUUAGAUACCUUUUGUUGUCAUUUUCACUCUUACCUGGUUUGUAAGUUUUGCUGUUGUUUUACCACAGCAGGAGCUGCAUGCGUGUUUGCAAAAACUUAAACCUACUCUUUUGACACUGUACAAAAGCUUUACACUUUGUAGAGAGGAGCAGGGAUAGAAAUGACUGCCUGUGUUCAGGAAAUCAGUCCAAUUAUCACAAGGACACUUUGCUAACGGCACUAUUGGACCAAUAGAUGCUUUCCAGAGGGUGUCGUGCCCUGCAAAUAGGCAAGGAACAAUUUAAACACUUAUGGGUAUGCAUUAGUGCUGCAUAUGUCGAAAAACACAAGUUUACAACAUUAUUAAAAAUUAUCUAGAUUAAAAAAAGUUUUACUGAUCUGAAAAUCAAAAAGGAACAUGAAGGGAAAGAGGGCUUUAUUUCUAGUUUGAUUCAUUGGUGUAAAAGCUGCUUAUUUGGCUGUAAGGGCAGGAGCUGGCCAGCAGGCGGUGCUACAACCUAAACUGAUCAUUUUAAAUUGAUGGUACGAGCUUUUCACUCAUGUAGCCUUACCUUUUUAAUCAGCAUUUACCUGACCACAUACAUGUGCAACAUCAUAGGUCAAGAUAAUGUCCCUGACCUUUUCUGCCCAGUCAAGAAGUGUCAUGAGGAGCGUUCACAAGACAUUCAUCUAGCCAGAAACAUUGUCAAUGUGCAUGUUGUCAAUGUGCAAAUCACACAUAUCCGUGACUCUAUGAAAAUCAUAUCCACAUUCAGCAUGCGCAUGCUUAAAUACACACACAUAGUCACAGUUUAUUGGUGCGGAUGCUAAAAAUCUCUAAAAUCCUCUUUGCAUCCAAUCUAUCCCCCUGUUUGGGUAACAGACCACACACACUAACACACAUUAAGAAAGAACCACAAUAUUUUACUCGCUGUUGCAGAUUACUUAACUCUGGGUAGGGGUUUGUGUGUGGCCAAAAGUUAAUCUCUUGAUGAGACAUCUGCUUUUCGGGAGAGUAAUACUUCCUGCUUAAUGGAAAGAGCCUGCUAAGUGUGAGUGUCAGGGUCCAUGGUGCAGUUAGUUUGCCACUUUUGCUGCUUGGAGGAGGACACAUACGCUCUGCUUCAGUGGAAAUAGACUUCAGAGGAUGACUUAAAGCUGCAAUAUGACAUUUUAAUGUAAAUCUGUCUUGUAUUUUUAAUCUAAAUUGCAAAAUGAGGCCGUCACAGGAAAGAAGUCCCUUCCUGUCUAAGCGUGAACUUUGCUCCGUUUGACACUUACCAUGAUUUUAGCGUUAGAUGAUGUGGUAAGGGAACCUUUAACGCCCUCAAAUGUGACUGUUUGUCUGCCAAAGUCAGUUAGAUGCUUUAAUUUACUGAAGCCUCAAAUUAAAGGAGUUACCUCUUAUUCUAUCCAGGGCUGUCAUGUAAUGCUUUGAAUUUAUAGAAGCAGCUUAUGAAAAUUAAAUUUUAGGACACGUAUACCCAUUGCAAUUUCAUGUUUUUAGAUAAGCCAUUGCAGUCAAAAAUAAUAAUAACAGUAAUUCUUGUUAGCAGUGCACAAACUAGAUGGUACUUUUAUUUUGAAAUCUGUCCUGUCUGUGUAAAGGCUGCCUCUCCAUUUUUUAUCUUUUACUGGAGUUUUUUUUAACAGCAUAAAUGUCAUGUGUUUUUCUCUUGUCUUGUUGAGGGGUGUUUAUGUGCUCUGUCUAAAUGUUUCUUUUUGACGUGAAUUUUACUACUGACCAAAAGUGCUCAAGCUGGUUGGAGGUCAGGAGAAGUCAGGAGGACUUGAAGACAGUUAUGAGAGUCGUAUUUUUACGAUGAGAUGUCUCUUUUGUCCUCUCUCACCUCCUUGAGUGCUGGCUGCCUGUCUGUCUGAUUACCCCCCCCCACACACACACACACAGCCUUUGUGAACUCAUCAUUUUAAAAGACGUUUAACAGCUUUUUCUUUUAUUUUAUACAUUCAUUCAGUCAACGAAGAGCUUGACGAGUGUAAACAGUAAUUUAACUUUGGAAACAGACCUAUUCAUAAAUGCCACCACUUUAUUCUCUAAGAAAGUCGAUACAUUCCUUGCAGGCUUGCCUGCUAUGAGGGUCAGUGUGGUUCAUGCCUUCCCAAGUCCAUUAUUUAAGUUUUCAAAGCAUAUUGUGUAAGAUUUUUACAUUAUAAACAGGUACUCAGAGGGUUUUGCAAUUCUUUGUUUGAGGUGAAACAUCCCAUAAUAAUGCAGUUUUAUCGUCAGUUGAGUCUUUUCAUGUUUAAAUGCACUUUUGUCAUUCUCUGUUUUUGUUGCUUGUCUUGUCUUUUGUUCCUGUGACAUGAACAUCAAUACAACCACUUUCCAAUGAUUUCUGCUUUUGUGUAAAGCUUCUGUAGUUUUUUUUUAAUAGUUUACACUGGCUGUUGGUGAAGAGUCAGUCAUCACAUUGUGGCAAUAAUAUAAGAACGGUUUAUUCUUUGAAUGUUAAGUUUAAGAAAAUUUAAGCCUUGCAUAUAGUCUUUAUAUACAGCAUCUUAAAAGUCAUCACAUAAAAAACAACUUUAUACCUGUUAAAGCCUGACUAACUCUGGAUAAGUGUCACCGAAUGUCACUGUUUAGUGUCAUGUUUGAAUUAAAAAAAACAGAAGACAGAAUCAACAUUUUGAACGAAAAUGAUUAUAGUAACUCUACAAGUAUCACAAAUAACAAAAAGAAUGAAGAAGAAUUUAAAAAGUCUGUCAUCUGAUCAUUCCACUAUUUCACCUUUCAAAAUUCACAAUUCUGGUUCUAGAUAGCACCAAGCAGCUUUUAAAAAACGAAACUAAUGCUGUUAGUCAUCCAAUUUUAUUGAACAUAAACAUUUUUUAGAGUCUUUCCCCUUCACUAUACUUUCCCUCUGCAUCGACACAUCGCUGCAUUCAGGUCGUCCACCAAUCAAAGCAGAGCAGUAGGUCAUCUGACCCAGACACUAAAUGUAUUUCUUUGUGCAGAGAUUUGAGCUAAGGAAAAGGGUAAAGUCACACGGUGCUAGAUCAGGUGAAUAGGGAGGGUGAUCAAACACUGUGAUUUGUUUUUGGGUCAAAAACUGUUUUACUGAGAGCACAGUGAGAGCUGCCGUGUUGUCUUGGUGAAGAAUGAAACUAUUUUUCUUCAAUUGUGGUCUCUUACUACGAACUUUUCUUGCAGUUUUUUCUAGAACCUGUUUGUAAAAGUGUUCACCAUUGACACUUCUGAAACCCACUCCUCCAAAAUGAUACCCUUAAUGUCAAAGAAAACAAUCAAUAUGGCCUUGAAUUUCAACUUGCUUUGUCAUCCUUGGUGACAGUGGUGUUUUCCAAUGCAUUGGCUACGGCAUUGUUUCAGGAUCAUACUGGAAAAUCCAAGUUUCCUUGCAUGUAAUCAAUCCCUCUAAAAAACACUUUGUUUCCACAAAUUUGCUUGCGCUUCUUCUUUUGAUUAGGAGUCAGAAGUUUUAGGACAACUUUGUCACAUUUUUAUCUUUCCAGAUUCUCAUGCAAAAUUUGCUGAAGUCAUUUCUGUCUCAACUUUGAUCAUUUCAAACAAUUUGUUGAAUGUUUUUUAUGUGCAUGGGCACCCAGAAUGUUAAUCGUCUAAGACAUCCUCUUUGCGUUCUCAAAAACUUUUGUGCCAUUCAAACACACAUGCAUGUAACAUGCAAAGGCUCAACAAUUUUGGACUUUAUAGAAAACGUACAUAUUUAUUUUAUCUAACCUGGAAAACCCUGAUGGAGAUUAAGAAUCUCAUUUCCAAGAGUGUCCUGGCCAAAUUAUGAUUUUGUUAUGGCACCAGUUUUGAACCGGUACACUUAAAAAGUCUUCUGACAGGUACGACUGACAAUUAGAGCAACAGUGCGGUGUGCAAACUGAAACAGACAGACAUGCUGCAAUUACAGUAGUAAGAUAUGGGUUACUGAUAACAGAUAGGAAUCUUAUUAUAACUGAUCAGACAGUUGUUGCUCCAGGGCAGAAAACAGGCUUCCCUCUGUUAAUGCUGGAUCAUCAGAUAAAACAAGAUGGUAACAGUAGAACAGCCCUUCUGUUCGAAUUAAAUGCCACGCUAUAAUCACACUCCUAUUUCCAGAAAGUGGCACUUUUCAAUAUUUUUGUAAUAUUAAUGAUCAAUUAUGGCUGUGUAAUGUGCAGCUUAUCCUAAAGAAAGCUUCCUGUCUCAAACCCACCAGUAGUCCUCACUGUACUUUGCAGUUGCACAAAGAUUUUGGUCUUGUUUUAAGAUUUUUCUUUUGUGUGUUUGUUUUUAAGAAAAAGUUCUAGAAAUACCAUACAACCAGGUGUUUUUACAGUUUAGCAGCUAAAAGGCUGCAAAUUAUCUUUAGAAACUACCCUUACUGAAGCACAAAUGAAUAAAGAUAUUUGUAUCACCCCAUCUGAUAAAUGUGUAGAAACUAGCCAACAAGUUGCUAGCAUGUUUGCUAUAUUGCCCUAAAAGGGUAAAAGCAGGUCAAUAGCUAGCAUAGCUCCUUAAGUAUUAGCAUGUGUAGUGUAUGAGAAGUAGAGACACUGAGUAAAUUCACCUUUACUGUAACCCAUGACACCGAAAAGGCUGUCAUUCUUCUCAUUUUAGCACAUGCUUUCAUUUUUCACGCAGAGAAAGAUGGAGGGAACAGUCAGUAUGCUAAUGCUGUUAGCUAGCUCCCUCACUACCAGAGGGGAGCCUGGGGGCUUCCUCUAGUCAGCUGUGAGCUUACCCUCUGCUGUUUAGAUCCUGCUUAUGUUCAAAAACACUCAUUUAAGCACACUCACAUGAUUUCAUAUUCUUUCCCAAGCACAAUAGCCAACUAUCAUGCCCUGUGCUCAUCUCAGCAUCACACAUUAACACUCCUGGACUUCACUCUUUUGGUAACAUUUGGUGUGACUCGUCUUCCUCAGGCCCACCCUAAGGCUUCUGUCUGUCACGUCUUCUCUUCCUCUCUCCACCACACUGUCCUAUUUCCCUCCCUCCGGUUCAUCUAAUAAUGAGACCAUCCUUUAUUUUUGGACUCAUUUAAUAAUUUAAGGCAGCGCCAUGUUUGUACACUUAAGUAGUAAUAGUAAGAAAGCAUGCAAAACACAUUAGACAAGAUAUGUACAACUAGAUUUGGCACUGUAUAUGUAGUGUAAAUGAUUAAAAGGGAAUUUGAUCCAGGUGUAAUAUUUUAUUGUUCCUUUAUGAUAAAAUAAAACUAUAUGACUGAAUACUCAAUAAUAAACAUCAACAAGCUGAACUUUGCCUGUUUCUUCCUUUAUCAGAUGAAGCUGCUCCAUCAUUCUGCCUUUAAUUCAAAACUUUGGAUCAAUUCAAAUGUUAUUCUCUGCUGUGUUUUCUCGGUCAUAGAUGAGGUUGUGUUUAGAGGUUUUUUUUUCCUCCCACAGCACUUCAGGCUUCCUCUGCACUUGCCUCCUUUCCAUUUGUGAUAAAGUGUCUAUUAUUUAACACUUUUUGCUCUGCAGUGUGUUUUAAAUUUAUUACAAGUGGCAGACUGAGUUUGGAGGCAUAGC